UAUCAUCCUCAAACUCUCACUUAUAUGGAGGUCAGCGUACUACGAUUUAACGUCAAUGGAAAAGAUGUCAGAGUUUAUAAUGUUGACCCAGAAACAUCACUAGCAGACUAUCUACGAAACGAACAACUGUUUUUAGUUGGUCUGACUGGUGUGAAACUUUCUUGCGAAUGGGGAGCAUGUGGAUCAUGUACGGUAACACUGGGAAAAUGGAACCACAAGUUGGGGAAAGCAACGUAUAAAGCGAUAAAUGCUUGCAUAUAUCCACUGUAUAUGGCUCACCACAAGUUGAUCUUGACUAUAGAAGGGAUUGGUAAUUCAAAUAGGCUUCAUCCAAUUCAAGAACGUCUUGCUCGCAGUCAUGGCACUCAGUGUGGCUUCUGCUCACCAGGCUUUGUGAUGGCUGCCUAUGGCCUUCUUCGUGAAUAUCCUAAUGCUUCUAUUCAUGAUAUAAAACAUGCCGUUAAAGGGAACCUAUGCCGUUGUACUGGUUAUCGGCCAAUACUUCAAGCUUUGUACUCGUGCUGUAAGGAAUCUAACUCAGAUUCCUGUGUCUACGAAGAAAAUGGAAGGACCAUCACUAAUGGAGACCUCUUCGAAUCUGCUAAGUUCCCUGUAAUUGAUGAAACACAAGAAAUACUAUUCCCUCCAAGCUUAAUUAUGGAGAACACAGCAAGCGAUCUUUAUCUGGAGGGGGCUCGAGUGAAAUUGUUAGCGCCGGUAUCAUGGAAGGAUAUUGAUGACUGCUUUGGGCAGUACAACGAAGUGAAGAUUUUAUCGUCCGGACAGAUUACUAGAAUAAGUUGGUUACAUUUCAAAACCCAUACUUGA